UAUUUGUCGUCACUUCCGGUCCUCCUCCCGAGCGGAAGUAUAGUGCGAGGAACGAAGCGACUGAGGAAUGGCUGAUACUGGGCUUUUGGAGUCUCUUCUCAAACGUGUGGAGAACGUGGACGGUGGUGUGGACAGCCAAGAUGUGGCAGCUGUCCUUGGCGUCGAUCACCAAGUCAUCGUCGGGGCUGUGAAGAGUUUGCAGGCUUUGGGCGAUGUGAUUUCAGCAGAGCAGUGCUCUUCCAAGCGCUGGGAGCUGACAGCGGAGGGGGCAGAGAUAGCGGAGCAGGGCAGCCACGAGGCGCAGGUCUUCAAUGCAAUACCAGAGGAGGGACUGCCCCAGAGUGAACUCAUGAAGCUGCCCAGCGGGAAGGUGGGCUUCAGCAAGGCAAUGUCCAACAAGUGGAUCCGUUUGGAUAAAAGCCACAAGGGGGGUCCUCGGGUCUUCAGGAUGGUGGAGAACGUUGAGGACACUGUUAGGGAGAAGUUGCUGCUGGUGAAACUGGGUGGAGCCUCCCAGCUGGUGGAGAAAGAGAAGAACGAGCUGAAGAAGCGAAAGCUGCUGACAGAAGUGACGAUGAAGUCCUACUGGAUCACGAAGGCCGACGCGUUCAGCACCACCAUUGUCAAGCAGGAGACAGAGCUGACCCCGGAGAUGAUCGCAACCGGAAGUUGGCGUGGCAAGAAGUUCAAGCCCUAUAAUUUUGAUGCGAUGGGUGUGGCACCAGACUGUGGCCACCUGCACCCCCUGAUGAAGGUGCGCACGCAGUUCCGUCAGAUCUUCUUGGAGAUGGGAUUCACAGAGAUGCCAACAAAUAACUUCAUUGAGAGCUCCUUCUGGAACUUUGACUCCCUGUUCCAACCCCAGCAACACCCAGCUCGGGACCAGCACGACACCUUCUUCCUCUCCGAUCCAGCAAUGGCACACGAGUUCCCACAGGAUUACCUAGAAAGAGUGAAGAAGGUCCACUCAGAGGGGGGGUACGGCUCUCAGGGAUAUAAAUAUGAUUGGAAACUGGAGGAGGCACAGAAAAACAUCCUCCGCACACACACCACUGCUGUCAGCGCCCGCAUGCUGUACCGGCUGGCACAGCAGGAGAAGUUUAUGCCUGUCAAAUAUUUCUCCAUAGACAGAGUAUUCCGAAAUGAAACUCUGGAUGCCACACACUUGGCCGAAUUUCACCAGAUUGAGGGGGUGGUGGCCGACUAUGGGCUCACCCUAGGUGACCUCAUGGGAGUUCUACACCAGUUCUUCACCAAACUGGGAAUCACCAAAUUGCGUUUUAAACCUGCUUUCAACCCUUACACUGAGCCCAGCAUGGAAGUCUUCAGCUAUCAUGAAGGGCUUGGGAAGUGGGUGGAAGUGGGAAAUUCUGGUGUUUUCAGGCCUGAGAUGCUGCUGCCCAUGGGGCUUCCAGAGGGAGUGUCUGUCAUAGCCUGGGGACUAUCACUGGAGAGACCCACCAUGAUCAAGUAUGGAAUCAAUAACAUCCGGGAACUGGUGGGACACAAAGUCAACCUGCAGAUGGUCUAUGACAGCCCUGUGUGUCGACUAGACUUGUAAUCCUGUCAGGCGUUUCAUUGAGCAGUCCCCUUCCCGGCCCUGUCACCUUAGAACCCCUGUUCUUCCCCUAGUUUCAGUGGAAACGCACUAAGCAUUUUCUUAUUUAUUCUAUUCAUGGUGAGGCUUGGCAUUGUGAUGCAAUGUUUUGAGUUUUUGGAACCCAGAGAGAGAUGUGAUGGGCAGCCAAGUGAAUCUGUUCUGCAGAAAUGCCAUCUCCCCACACUGUACACUCUACCUGAUCACAGUACAAUGGCAGGAUAGUCAUGUAUUCAGUACAUCCAUUCGUCUGCUAAAAAUGCAUUGUGUAUUGCUGAAGUACAUUUAUUUUUUAUGAUUACAAACAAAUACUGUAUGCACAUGCUAUAAAUAACUAAAAUAACAGUCUGUUACUGUGCAUUACUUCAGCUGGUGAAAAUGUUCAUUUUCCUCCUGCCCCUGUUAGGAAUCACAUAUAAGAUGUCUCAUGUCACUGCACUGUGGUGCAACUUGGA